CCUUACACUUGGAUCGGUCAAGGGAAAAAGAGUGUAAGUGCACGUUUGAGUGGUACAUACCAAGACAAUCCGUACCGGAACCAGAGACAACGUUCUGAAUUUGAAAUAGCUGUAUAAAAGCCAUUGGAUCCUUGACGAAACUAUCACAAACUCACCGAUCGUCCUCCAGUCAACACCACUCGAGAAAAAAAACAAGAUGGCUUCCGUGAAAGUGGUGUGUUUGGUUAUCGCGUUAUUCGGGAGCGCCAUGGCCCAGCCUCCCAAAUCUGAAUUCUGGAAGGGAAGUUCGAUGGACGGCAUGGUGGAGGAGAUGAGAUCAGGUUGCGCCGAAGGAUCUGACCCCGCCGCUUGCAUUAAGUACAAGGUUAUGUCUCUGCUGGACAGCAUCUUCAAGAAAGAUUCAUUCCAGAUCUCCGACGCAGUUGAGGUGACUAAGAAUGGCGCUGAAGCGACGACUGGCAGAUCUUCCGGAGAUUUUAUGGACACCGUCGAGAGCUACAUCCAGACACACGACGUCACUUUCCAGCUCCCUCUCGUCGACACCAAAGUCACCGUCAGCCCUAGGAACUUGGACAACGAUGAACUGUCACUGAACAUUAAGUUCGCCAAGGAAGGAGCGCGCGCUGUCGGUGAGGCUCGCAAGGCCAAGCUAAAGAAGAUCAUCGUCCCAAUCCUCGUGUUCUUACUCCUUAAAGCCAUGACCCUCAUCCCUCUGGCGAUCGGUGUUCUUGGACUGAAGGCAUGGAACGCCCUCCAACUGUCCUUCUUCUCUUUCGUCGUCUCCGUCGCCCUGGCUAUCUUCCAAUUGUGCAAGAAGUUUACCCAGAUUGCUGCGGACAACACUCAUCCCCAGAUCGCCGCUCACGGUCCAUGGGAUGCCGCGUACGCUGCAACCAGACACAGGAGGGAGACUGAGCCCCAGGAAUUGGCCCAGGAACUCGCUUACAACGCUUACCAAUAAAGGCUUCCUCUCGCUAGACCCAAAACCGAAUUCCGAUAACCCCAGCGGGUAGAAACCAAAAAGGUUUUACGAAACCGUGAAUGUAAAUAGUGUGAGAAUUAUUUAUUUAAUUGUGCGAAUGUUUCUUUGGAUGUGUGAAUGUAAUUUAUUGUUUAAAUAAAUCAUUAUAAAAAUAUAUA